ACACUCUUUCUAAAUAUGUGGAAAAGUGGUAUGCAAAAGAGUUACACUUCAUUAGCAAUUUGUUUAUUUAUUAGUUUGAUAUAUUUAGAUGGGGACUUCAGUAGUUGAUUUGAUUAUAGUAUUGGCUCUAAGCAUAAUAGUUGCUUAUGUUCAUAAACAAAACAUAUAAAUAUUGUUAUUUCAGCUGUUUGAAGCUGAUGUAAAAAGCCGAACGUAAAAAGAGCAAAAAAACGCAACUGGAAGCAGAAAUGGCUCUCAUAGAACGGAUCUACUGCUUCUCAUAUAUGCAUUCAAUGAGAACCUAGCCUUUACUACUGCGCCUUUAAGUAGCUAUUUGUGCAAACAUACAUAGCAGUUUGCCAGUGUGAAUGUCCUCAGCUGAACUACACACACACACGUCACGCAUACAUAAUCAGUCAUGUACUCACAAUAUUCGUUAUCUUGCUAGCACUGCUCUUACAAACAAACUCAAUAUAAUACAGUAUCAGCCUAUGCAGGCAGCAGGAGGUUGGUGGCACCUUAAUUGGGGAAGACGGGCUCGUGGUAAUGGCUGGAAUGAUAUCAAACACAUGGGUUAAUACCAUUCCAUUAGCUCUGUUCCAGCCAUUAUUAUGAGCCGUCCUCCCCUCAGCAGCCUCCACUGAGCUAUGGCAUCUGGGAGAAUUCGCUCAACCCGCAGACUACGCUCCUGGAUGGUAGACCAGGUCAGCAGUGGGAAGUACCCUGGCCUGAUAUGGGACGAUGACGCCAAGACCAUGUUUCGUAUCCCCUGGAAACACGCCGGGAAACAGGACUUCCGCAGUGAAGAGGAUGGUGCCAUCUUCAAGGCAUGGGCGGUGUUUAAGGGGAAGUUGUCCGAUGGGGGUCGUGUGGACCCUGCCUCCUGGAAGACCCGGCUGCGCUGUGCUCUCAAUAAGAGCCCGGAGUUCAAAGAGGUCCCCGAGAGGUCCCAGCUAGACAUCUCCGAACCAUACAAAGUUUACUGCCUUGUACCGAUGAAUGAACAAGUGUUGGGGAAUGUUAAAAUAAAGGGCCGAGCCAGAGCAGGAGGGAGGAAGAGAAGGAGCAGCGAUUCAGAUAGCGAGGAGGAGGUGAAGGAGGAGGUUGUGGUCAAACAGAUGAAAGAGGAGAUCAUCACCGCCCCAAUCACCAUGUCUGUUCAGGAGAUUGAUGAAAGUGUUCUUACCAUCCAACAAGACCAGUUCGAUCAGCCCUUGGUCAUCCUGAAGAGCGAUGGGACGAUCGAUGAGCUCCAGGUGAACGUCACAAUUGAGACCGUCCCUCCCCCUGGAGCACGGGACUCGUUCCAUGUCUUAGUGAAAUACAUAGGACAGGAGGUGCUUAAACGUGAGGUCAUAGGCAGCGAUGUCCGAAUCGCCUACCUGCCCUCAUCACCUGUUCCACCCACCCUGAUGAUGGGUGGGUUCCCACGCAUCCCCCUCCCAGAGUCCCCCUCCACCCUGACCUCCAGCCCUGGCAUCGGGCCUCAGCUCCAGGCCCUCUCCACACUGUUGCCCUUCAUGGAGAAAGGGGUGAUCCUGACCUCCACGGGGGCAGGGAUCUAUGCUAAGCGCUACUGCCAGGGCCGGGUGUUCUGGACAGGGCCACAUUCAACCACGACGGGACCCCACAAGAUGAACCGUGCUGUGGAGCCCGUGCUGCUCUUUGACAGAGAGGCUUUCAAAAUGGAGCUGGACCACUUCCGCAGUUACGGGGGAGACACUCCUCAGUGUGGCAUCACCUUGUGUUUCGGAGAGGAGUUCAGUGCCACAGAGGACCCAUCCAGCAAACUCAUCAUCACACAGAUAACCCUACCCUGGGCUCAGCAGCAGGUCAAAGAAGCUGAAGACUUCCGGGAGUCAAUGACCUACCUCCGUGACAUAGCCAGCCAAUCAGGAGAUGUCACCAUCAACCUGGUACCAGUGCCUUACCCCUGAGCAUCUGAUCACAGGACAUCUCGUAUAUAUUAAGAGUGAAAACAAUAUUGAAGCACUUUCUGAUCUGAUACCAAGGGCUCAAUUCAAUCCGUGUCGCGGAAAUUCAGC